CAUAUCAUUGACUACCGGAAACCGUCAAGUCCUUUUCCCCGCAGACUCCAACAUGGCCAGAGGACCGAAGAAGCACCUGAAGCGCGUCGCGGCGCCAAAGCAUUGGAUGCUGGACAAGCUCACCGGAGUGUUCGCUCCUCGUCCUUCCACCGGUCCCCACAAGCUGAGGGAGUGCCUGCCCCUCAUCAUCUUCCUGAGGAACCGUCUGAAGUACGCCCUGACAGGAGACGAGGUGAAGAAGAUCUGCAUGCAGAGGUUCAUCAAGAUCGACGGCAAAGUCCGCACCGAUAUCACCUACCCUGCUGGAUUCAUGGAUGUGAUCAGCAUCGAGAAGACUGGAGAGUAUUUCCGUCUGAUCUAUGAUGUGAAAGGACGUUUCACCGUCCACCGCAUCACUGCCGAGGAGGCCAAGUACAAGCUGUGUAAGGUGAAGAAGCUCCUUGUCGGCACCAAAGGAAUCCCUGCCCUGGUGACCCAUGACGCUCGCACCAUCCGCUACCCCGACCCCCUCAUCAAGGUCAACGACACCGUCCGCAUCGACCUGGAGACCGGCAAAAUCACAGAGUUCAUCAAGUUUGACACCGGAAACCUGUGCAUGGUGACCGGAGGUGCUAACUUGGGUCGUAUCGGCAUGAUCACCAACAGAGAGCGUCAUCCCGGAUCCUUCGACGUGGUCCACGUCAAGGACAGCACAGGAAACAACUUCGCCACCAGGCUCUCCAACAUCUUUGUCAUCGGCAAGGGCAACAAGCCGUGGGUGUCCCUGCCCAGAGGAAAGGGAAUCCGUCUGACCAUCGCCGAGGAGAGAGACAAGAGGCUCGCCGCCAAACAGGGCAGCAGCUAAAGCAGCUGAGAGAAAACACAGGAACUGAGUUUCAAAUAAACUGUUAUUUACAAAAACAAA